CACAAAAUACUUAACGUGCAUUUCUGAUCUCCUCACUGUGACCUGCUUUGUUGAUGAGUGUGUAUGGUGAAACAAAAAGGAGAUGUUGUGGACUGGAUGUAGCUGGCUGAGCACCCUGAUAGAACCAUCGAUGACCUGAAAGCACUGAUAUGUUUGCUUUCAUAGUAAACAUUCAGCAUGACAUGGGUCACGUGAGAAAAACGUAAGAUAACAAAUUAUCUUGGAUUGUGCUGUCCAAUACAUCUCUGAUGAAAAAGAGUAACUGGGAGUGCAUGUGUGUGAGUGUGUGUGUGUGUGUGUGUGUGUGUGUGUGUGUGUGUGUGUGUGUGUGUGUGUGUGUGUGUGUUCCUGUCCCAUGCUGGCCAGGCGGCCGUGUGUGCCACCAUGCUCUGUGACUGCACAGCCGUAUCAAUAAAUCUGAACUCAAAGGGCUCAGAUCACGUGUGCCUGUCAUUAUUUCUGCACAAACUCAUUUUAACCUGCAUAAAGGGACAUUCCCCAAAUUUCUUUCACAAAUACACCACCUGUGACCUUCAGUUCUGAGUGAAAUUGUUCACAUUUUUUGCUUACUUAAAAAUAAUUAUUCUAUCUCUUUAAUUAAUUAUGGGGAAAUAACAUUGUUUUAGCUUAAUAAAUCAAAUUCAAUCAAUUAAAGCAACUCUAAAACAGUUUUACCGCUUUAAGCUAUUCCUUUAGAAGUGGGUUUCAGUGUUUCUGUUGGCAGAAACUUUACAAACUUAACAUUGGACAGCACUCUGCAGCCCUCUGCUGGCCAGAAACCACACUUGGCCGUUUUGUGGGACAGGUAAGUACACCAGGUGGAGCGCUCUACUUGCUUUACAGCUGUUAGCUGACCAUUGUCAGUCAGUUUGAAGAUAAAACAUCCAUGCAAAACUGCUUCAAUCUGCACAAAACUACUCCAAGACACCAUUGCUUGGGAUCCCUCUGCACCACGAAAUCCGACUCCCAGCUCUACUCCUGACCAAUUUUCAUCUUGGUCCAAGGUUGUGGUACGUGGCCGUAGGGAGAGCCCCUAUGGUUGAUCCAAAACCCCACCUGACCUCAGUCUUUCAAACCGCUUCUCUCCACUUGCUGAGGAACAACCAGCUGGUUCCUCCAGGCCUCCUCUUCCCUCCCAACUAUCUGAUCCCAUCCAGCAGGAGUCUGUAGUCUGGAAGAAGCAACUUCAGCAUGCCCCCCCCCCCCAACCUCUACCUCUGAUACUAAAGAAUGCUGUGCGUUGACACUCUGCUGGACCUCCUACCCUGGCUCAGGAGGUGAGCUCCUCCACGGCUAACCCUCCACCUCAAACUCUCUGGUUCCACAACACCACAGGAACCCAAACCCAGAAUCCUCCACUACUCCACAGGAACACAAAUCAGGAGCUCUCUACACCUCGUCCACUGUUUUCGCCUACCACUUUGCUGGUAGGUGAUUCAAUAAUCAGGAAUGUCCGUUUUUUGACGGCAUGACGAGAUGUUUUCCAUCAGCCACCAUACCUGCUCUCAUGGAUAAACUUCCUGGUCUGCUGUACUCCAUCCCAGCUUCAGUUAAAAGAUUGAUCAUUCAUGUGAGAUCGAAUGAUGUUACACGCCUGACAUCCGGCAUGCUGUGCAGUCCCAUAGAUAUACAUCUAUGGUGGAUUCCCUUCCACAGACAUGAUGGUUUACAUCCCAGAGAUGGGCCUUUGCUCAAACCUCCACUUCAAAUAACAUCACUCCCUUCAGUCCUCCCAUGAAGCAGCAGUCUUCUACGCGUCUUCCAAAGGUCACAAUUCCCAAAAUGUUGUCUUCUGCUGACAAACCCAAAAGUUUCCCUAUUCCAGUUCAGUUAUCAACCAGCAAAGACAUAAACUGUAUUCAUGGCCGGAGAACCCAGAACACCAGAUGUUUACGACCCAUCCCUCCCCAUGUAACGUGAGGAAAUAUGAGUUUUCUGUCACAAUGGUGGUGUUGGACUCAGCUGGGUCAUAGCUGGGUCGCUGAGAACUUUCACCCACAGAUUAAGACCUGAACGCCAGCGAGUCUGGGAGGAAACCAUAACAUCAGCCACCUGCAGUCUACCAGAAGAUGUGUUUACAUGAGUUGUACCCAGACCAAGUCAAAACAUAAAGUUUAAACUUCUUUUUCUUGAUUUUAAUGUUAAAAUAACCAUUAUCAUUUUGUUCAUUAUAAAUGUGUUUAAUCAAAUGAAUGGUUCUCAUGCUUUGGGGUAAUUAUAAUGGUUUAAUGAAUCCAUUCUUAAAUAAUGUUAAGAAUGUUUGUUACUGACCUUCACACACACAAGCACAAACAUUCACACACACCCACACACACCUGCUCACAGUAAACUCCAGACACAUUUGAUGACGCACGUUUGCUUUGAGAAGAGAAAGGUUUUUGGUAAGCUUCAGUCUUUUGAUUCAGUUCGUGUUGGACAACGAGAGAGAACAGACCUGAAAACCAAAGGGGGGGCAGAGCCUGUUGGCUCGUUCUUCCCCCCUUCCACGCUGUUUCUGCCAAGCCAGGCAGAAUAGCUGAAUCGCGACUUCUAACGAAGACUCAUUACCGAGUCUUUUGAUUUCUGAGUGAAUUAACUUAAGAAAGCGCAUCGAUAAAACGCUCUACCAUCCACGUGUACCGAGGGCAACUCUGGACCGGUUCCGUUCGACACCUAUGUCUCCUGUCAGCUGCCGGUGUCAUCUGGAUGAACCACAACAUCCUCCACGGCCCGGAUCCGAAAGAGGGUCCACAAGAGUUCGGUGAGACAGAGCACGGUUUUAGCGUUUGAUGCAGUUCUCUGAUAAGACCUAAGUUUAUCCAAACCAUCACUUCACUCAGACACCUGUUUCUUCCUGAAGCAAAAUCAGACUCACACACGCAUUCAUGUCACAACAUUCUCAAUCUUCAUAAAUUCACCAGAAGGUCUAUUUGAGCAUGAACAGCAUAUAAACUGUUAAAAGAUUGUCCCACAAAGUUGCCAAUGUGAUUGUUAUUUCCUGUUUGUCAAUUUUCAAAAUCAUUAGUUUAAUUUGAAGAAUUAAAACUUUUAAUCCUUCAAACUUGUUUCCUCAUUGAACUGAAACACAGACACUCAGAUAUUAUCGGCAGUUUAUGGAUGAAAACAACCUUUGAGUCUUCUGAACAAUAUAAAAUUUGGUUAUUGAUUUAUUAAAAUUAAUAUUCCGAAUUAAUACGUAGCAUGGUUUCUCUUUCAUAAAAGAGCAUAAAUCCAUAACGCUACACCCAACAGGUUAAGAAAACAAAUGUUCUCCAGGAUUCAGUUCAAUGUGCCCUGUUAAAUGCCUGCUCCAUCUCAAACAAAUCCUUUAUUUUAAAUGAGCUGUUCACCAGAGAAAAGUUGGACUAUUUAUUUCUUACAGAGAUGUGAAAGCAAGAUGGCUAUUUUGUACAUUUCAAUGAAAUAUGUCCACCAAACUGCUCUGUGUUUGUCUCCUCCCAUCUAGAUUACUGUAACACACUUUUCACAUGUUUUAACAAAAAAGCCCUUGACUGCCUUCAGUUGGUCCAGAACUCUGCAGCAAGACCCCUAACUGGAGCAAACAGAAGAGCACACAUCACUCCUAUUCUAAUGUCUCUCCACUGGUUACCCGUUAACUUUAGAGUUCAUUUUAGAAUCCUGAUUAUAACUUUCAAUGCUCUACGUGGUCAAGCUCCUCCCUAUAUUACUGAACUGUUAAAAUGCUCCAAUCCGAGCCCUCAGGUCCACACACCAGAACCUUCUAGAAGUUCCAAAGACCAGAUACAAAAGUCGAGGUGAUCGCUCCUUCCAGACUGUUGCACCCCGACUCUGGAGUCAUCUUCCUUUAUUCUUAUGCAGCAUUGACAGUCUGGACACUUAAAAAAAUAAACAGCUAAAGACUCUUUUAUUUAAAUGUGGCAGUGUGAGUGUCCUGUCACAGUGUCCCAAUUGAUCAUGCGCCCUAGCUACUUGGCCAAGGUGAUGUCCCUUUGACUGACUGGUUAGCACGCGUGACUCUCACCCGGGAGUCUGGGGAUCGAAUCCCGCCCAGGCCCUCCUUUCUCCACCUUGCCACAUUUGGCGUUGUUGGCAGAAUCCAUGUAGUACUGUCAAGUAGGUCCAUGGAUGUGAAGUUCAGGGGCGGCGUUAGGCCCGGCUACUUGGGCUGAAGCCCCGGAUCUUUCAUGGAUAGCCCCGGAUCUAAAUCGCGGAAGUAACAUGCAGUACCAAAGUCCAACAGAGAGGGCGCAGUUGGCAGUAGUUUGUAUACAGCCUGCCUGAGCCUCCACCACUGAAGAAGAAGCCCUUCAGCAGCCGGCUUCUUCUGCAGUGCCUGGCUUCUUCUAGUCUCUGUCUGAAACGCAAAUGUGAAGAUGGACAUAAGGACGUUUUUUAGUCAAAAAGUACAACGACAGAACCCCAGCUUUGAUGAGACUGGUGUUGACUCAGGUCGGAUGCUACCCAGUACAUCAGUCUCAUCCUGUCAUCCUCCAAGAUGUGACGUUUUAGGUGUGUUAAUCCACAGGUGUAAUGUUUUAUAUGAUAGGUAUCAUGACAAAACUUUGCUUGAUUGUAAAAAUGGUGAGGUGAUGUCACCUAAUCAGUUAAUGUGAUUGUGAGGCCUGAGGACUUUGUUUUUGUUACAGAUAAGACAGCUAAAUGUAGAGAAGAGCCACAAGGGACAGCAGAACCACAAGGGACAGCAGAACCACAAGGGACAGCAGAACCACAAGGGACAGCAGAACCACAAGGGACAGCAGAUAUAUUUUUGAGUACAGACUUAGGGACAAAAGAAAGUGGUCCCAAGCAGGUGUGCCUUCCCCAGUAUCCCCUCAGCCUAUUUGGUAAACAGAAAAGAGCUUUCAAUAAGAGCUGGUUCGAGCAGUUUAAAUGGCUGGAGUACUCUGAAGCCACCAACUCUACAUUUUGCUUUCCAUGUCGUCACUUUGGAAGGCAAAACAUUCGUAUCUAUAAAGAUGCUCUCCUUAGUUUUUCUGGUUUUUCAAACUGGAAAAGGGCUUUGGACUCCUUUCGUGAGCAUGAGAAAAGUGACUUCCAUAAGUCAAGCAUGACAUGUUGGCAAAGCUUUAAAAGCACAGGGACUCAUGGGGAUGUUAUUGAGCAGCUGAAUACUGCAAGCGCAGAAGAAAUAUCAGAGAGGCGCCAAUACCUUCAGCGCAUUGUGAGUGUGAUCACAUUUCUAGGGAAGCAAAACAUUCCAUUUUGCGGGCAUGAUGAGCAGGAGACUAGCAAUAAUCAAGGCAACUUCCUGGAAUGCAUGAAACUCCUGAAAAAUUUUGACCCAUUUCUCAAAAAAUAUUCACCUCCUAAAAAUGCCACCUACCUAUCACAUCCAUCACAAAAUGAAAUUAUUUCAAGCAUUGCACAAGAAAUAACUGAAAAUAUCACAAAACAAAUUAGAUCGUCCACAAUGUACUCUGUGAUGGCAGAUGAAGCUAGAGAUCACCAUACAGAGCAGCUAGCAGUAUGUGUUCGCUUUGUCACAAUGGAAGGUUCCCUUAGAGAGGCUUUUCUUGGACUACACAAGCUAGAAAAAUUUGAUGCAAAAUCUAUUGCAGAUGGAAUAGAGGCAGUGCUGCAGUCUCACAACCUAGGGGAUCUCAAGUGUGUUGCACAAACCUAUGAUGGAGCAUCAGUGAUGAGUGGAGCAGUAGGGGGUGUACAGGCCUACUUCAAAGAACGACACCCUGAAGCAGUGUAUGUACACUGUUACGCACAUGAGCUUAACCUAGUCCUGUUCCACACAUGCAAAGCUAUACCUGAAGCUGCUGCAUUCUUUGACUUGCUUGAAAACAUAUACACAUGUUUCAGCAACUCACUCAUUAACCACAACAAGUUCAUUGAAAUCCAGAAACAACUUGGAUUACAGCCAUCUGAACUUGUGCAACUCUCCAACACAAGAUGGGCAAGCCAGGUGAGGUCUGUAAAAGCUGUCAUGAACAACCUUCCUGCCAUUCUUGCAUGUCUCAGGACCAUGAAGACUGCCACAGCCCAAGGGAUCUUGUCAAAUCUCUGUAAGCCAAAGACAAUCUACAUGUUAGUGAUGUUUGCCAAACUCCUUAUGAUAACUGAAGGUUUCCAUCGAUACUUGCAGGGGGAAAGUGUGGAUGUGAGCAGAGCAGUGCUGUACAAAACAGCAAUCAUUGAAACUUUGACAGAUUUCCGCACAAGCAGUAGUGUUGAAGAUCUUUUUAAAAGUGCCAUGACCAUAUGUGAGGAAAAUCACAUCCAGCUCCCAGUUGGUCCCAGGAAAAAACAAAAAAUAAUGGAUGAUUUUGUGGUGGAGUCAGCCUGUGGGGCAACCUCUAUUCUGACCACCCCAGAUGAGUUUAGAAGCCAACUUUUUUAUCCAUGCUUGGACAGAAUGAUACAGGAGCUCACUCAUCGGUUUUCAGAUUUGGGAGAAGAACUUAUGUCCGGUAUUCAAGCCUGCAAUCCAACUACAUCAACCUUUCUUUCUGAACAGGCUCUCAAAGGUCUUGCUAACCAUUAUGGAAUUAAGCUGAUGCAAGAAGAACUCCUGGUGGCAAAACAUGUCGUCAAGAAAUGGCUGGAGAAAGAGAGAGAUAAAACAACCCCAAACACAGCUACAGAAGACAAUCAAAGACUGGACAUAGCCACUGUGUUCAGGAUUCUUGACAGAGAAAUGUUUCCCACCUUGAAAGCCAUCCUCCAAGUUGCCCUCACAAUCCCCAUAAGCAGCUGCAACUGUGAACGCUCUUUCAGUGUUUUACGCCGUCUCCACACAUGGUUGAGAAGCACCAUGGACCAAGAAAGACUGAAUGACCUUUCCAUUAUGUCAAUUGAAAAGGAAACUCUGGACGUCAUAACCCCUGACCAAAUUAUUGACAGAUUUGCUAAACUAAAGCCACGUCGCCACAGCCUUAUUUUGCUACCAUUACAAAAAAAGUAGGGGAAAAAGAUGGUGAUGGAGAGGUGUGGGGCCACUGAAGUUGAAAAAGAGUGCAAUGAAGUGAUUUUCAUGCAGCAAUAAAAAAAACAGUCUGUACUUUAUGAAAAAAGUGAAAUACAUUUGUAUACAUUUACUUAAAUUUUGCAUAUGUUCUUUUCUGAUUUGUAAUAAGUUAUCUACUGAAUAAAACUUGUUUGUUGAAGUAAAAUCUGUUUUCUUUUUUGAAUUAUGCAAUGAAUCAAAUCAAUAAAUGAGGUAACUGGAAAUUGGUCAGCAAACUUGUGCAGAAAGCAAAGAGACAUUAUUUGAAAUAUGGAUAAAGAACUAAGUAGGAAAAGACAGCAAGGAUCACUAGAACUUAAGUUGCAUAUUUUUUUGUGAAGCUUGAGGAAAUCUUGUUUUGUGUAAAGCUAGCUUGUUCUAUAUUUUUUGCUUUUAGUGGAUGUGAGGUGUAUUCACUGGACCUGUGAUCUGAGGUGACUUCAAUCAGCACCACUGAAGAAGAAGCCCUUCAGCAGCCGGCUUCUUCUACAGUCUCUGCUGCCUGAAACGCAUGUGUGAAGAUGGACAUAAGGACGUUUUUUUAGACAAAAGGUACAUACUGCGACAGAACCCCAGCUUUGAUGAUACUGGUGUGCUGACUCAGGUUUGUGAGUCUUAUUUGAAAAUAUUUGUGAUUUGUAAUAUAUAUGAUGCUGACUAAUGCGUGCGCGCGCGCGUCGUGUUAAGCCCCGGAUCUUCUUCAGUCCUAAAUCCGCCCCUGGUGAAGUUUGUGGCACCCUGCGCGGGAGCACGAGGACGUGCUUGUGGAAAGAAGGGGGAAGAUUCCACCUUGCCACAUAAAGCUGCUUUUACCUAAACCUUUUAUUUUCUUAUUUUUAUUUUUCUUUAAUUUUCUUUCAGAACUCCCUUUUUAUUUUGCCCUCUUGCUAACCCAGAAUGUUGCUGUUAAGUUACCCCAUUACGCCAUGUAUUUAUUGUAACUUUAGUUUCCCCUCGGACGUGGGACGUUGCUUGUGUUACCGGCGCAAGACCUAUAGGAAAUUGGGACAAGUAGCAGGUUAGGGAGCUCUGUGUAACCAGUACACUUUAAACACGUACAUUUUAUACCUGUGGAUCACAGAAAGGAGACUUCCUACUUCUGGGUCUCUCCUGGUUACUGGCUUUGGUUCUUUAAACAACACUGAAGCUUUUAUCCUGCUGGUGUCAAAUUACAAAUGCUUGCGCUGCAGCGUUAGCUUGCUGCAGACACAGAUUCCUCACUAAACAGUAGCAAGUCCCUCCUUAGUUUUUGAAAAUGAGAGGAACUGGCAACCACCCAGCUAGUUGAGAAGUAAAUCUGUUUUAAUGUAACCUUCCUUCCAACAUGAUUGUGACAUUAGGCUAUUCUGUUAUUAUCUCCCUGUAGAAUUCUUACAUGUUGCUUCUUUAAGGUUUGUGGACAAAAUGAAAUCAGACAAAAUGGACUCAAAUCAAAUCAUCAUGCUAAAAUAAAAAAUAAAAAAGUAUUCUUUCUACAUUGUGAUUGUUUCACCCCGGCUGCGCAGUGGUUAGAGCUGUUGCCUUGCAGCAAGAAGUCUGGGUGCUCCGGCUUCCUCCCAAAGCCCAAAAACAUGACUGUUAGGUUGACCGGUCUGUCUAAAUUUUCCUCAGGUGUGAGUGUGUGUGAUUGU